AUGCCAACCCAGGCUGAUGGAGAAGAGUUGUCGCUCGCAGCCACUGGCAGCUUCAGCUGCUGGACGCUUGAGUCGGGCCAGGGGGAACAGGUGGCGCCUUUCGCGCGGCUGGUUUCUAUGCUGAACUUCAAAUGGUUUGCUGAAGUCCCGGGCCUGGGGGGACACGUGGCGCCCAUUGCGCGGCUGGUUUUUAUGUGGUAUACGUCUCAGCCACAAACAACCUGCCUGGGGGCUGCUAGCAGUGCUGCUGUGCCACUGGAGAAACCGUCUUCUGAAAAUGUCUACGCAUGGAUGGUCACCCACAGUUCAGCACCCCGCCGAAUGCUGCUGCAAGUGAACACUACACUCAACGCCUUACUUGCGGGUUACGGCGACCUCCGCAAUGGCACAUCGAACCUUGUGAAUGAAACAAAUGGUCUUGUCGACAACGAGAUUGACGACAUUCAAAUUGCUGGAGGAGAAUUGGUCAACAUUGUCACUCAAACCCCCCCAGAUGUGAACAGUCCUGACUGUAACAACGCCCCACCACCCAGUAAGGGUGAAACUGCACCAAACUGCAAUGGAGAGAACUUCUAUUGCAGCAAGUCCGCACAAGGUGUGUGCAACUGCCAGGCUUCAAGCACUUCGCUAUUGUUCAAGUGUGCGCCAAGCUUUCAAUGUGGUGUUGGACUAGGUGCGGCUCCAGCAUGUGUGCCGGUUUAAGCUGAUGGAAAAGUCGAUGGUUAGGUGAAGAUAUUGUCAUUUGCGGGACAACUGCCUUUUUGUAUUGCCUUUUCGCUCUAGAUAGUUGCGUAUACCAUAUUUUGCAAGGUCGUUUGUUUCAUUUUAGUUUUGUUAUAUCAAUCCGCAAACUCACGUUAGGUAGGUCAAUUAACCUUGUAUAAUACGAGGGUAAUUUUUGAAAGAAUUGACGAGUUGUAAUGUAAGUAAACAUAUAGUAGUUUCCAUCCACAAAUGCACAUAUAAUGGGAAGUAACAGAUGUUGGAUGUGAUAUUAUUCAUUUGCAAAUAAAUGUGAGAU